AUGUCAACAGACCCCAAGGAUUACGCUGAAGUUGUCGAUAUCCCUACACCAGGCCGUAAAGGCAAGAAGCGCGUCGUCUGGAGCGAAGAUGAAUCCAGGCGGGAGUCGGAGAGGUCAUCAGCAAACCUCUCGGCUGGCCCCUCAAUUGGUCUACCGAUUGCUUCUCCCGGUAGUGGUGACUGGCUCUUGAGUGCCAGCUCGCCUGGAUAUAUCAAUCAUUCACCCCAGGCAUCUCCCAGCCUGCAAUUCACUCCCCCCGGCGCCCCGGAUGCUCAGGAAUUGAGACUCGCCUUAAACAAGGUGCUGCUGACGGAAGAGGAGGAGCGUCACUUUCACGAGCAACAGACGUCACCGGUCCUGACACCGAUGAAAUCUGGAGAACAACCUUCCCCAGUCCCAAGAAUGCCGAGGCCAGUUUUGAGACGGAAUACGAGCUACAAUGUGCCCCAGGAACAAGAGGAGGCAGACAAGGCGGAGAAGCAUGCCACGGAGCGGCAGCUUCGAUCCAUGACCGACGCACGGCAACGGGCGGAUCGAUUGGCUGUGUCAGUGGGCGCCUUGUAUUCACAAUCUGCCCCGGGAUCAAGACGAAACUCCAUCGAACUUGAACGAGCAUUCCAGCCCGUCAUUAACGUCUCAGACGAUCAUGAUCCAGACCUGGAUGACGCCGCUAUCACCACGACCAGUAGCAGCAGCACUGCUACUCUCAAGGAACCCUACUAUCCCAACACACACUCCACCACCCAUCGCACCCCCCAUAGCUCUCGUUUGUACCAGCCACACGAAGAGCAUGACAGAGCGGAGAUGCUGGUCAACUCUCAUGCUAAAAACCACCUGUUCCACCCACAAUUCUCGGCAACGUCUGGAAGAUCAACCCCAGUCAUAAUGCAGGCCUACGCCCAAGACUACGUUCCCAGGCCCUCUUCCUAUCGUGGAGGCAUCCUCUCUUCUCUGCUCAAGCUUUACCGCGAUGAUAACGGCGCCGACCACGGUCCAGGUAGCAGCGGACGCCCCUCAACCGUCAGCACUGUUCGAUCGCGAUCAUCUAGCCGACUGAGAGGCUAUCACAAAUCUCGGGGCUCGACUUCCUCGGUUGCUUUGGAGAAGAUCAAGAAGGAAAAGUUUGGAAAACCAAAGAAGGAACAGAUCCGAAUCACAGUUCACAUUGCGGGCAUCAUUGCACGCCACAGAUACUUGUUGAAGCUAUGCCGUGCCCUCAUGAUGUAUGGCGCUCCGACGCACCGCCUCGAGGAGUACAUGAAUAUGUCUUCACGCGUUCUCGAAAUCGAAGGCCAAUUCUUAUACAUACCAUCAUGCAUGAUAAUCAGUUUCGACGACAGCUCGACGCAUACAGCAGAAGUCAAGGUAGUCCGAGUACCCCAGGGAGUUGAUCUUGGCCGCCUACGAGAUGUUCACAACAUCUACAAGGAUGUUGUCCACGAUAAGCUUGGUGUGGAGGAAGCAACCCGACGUCUGGACGAAGUCAUUGAUCGGAAACCCAAGUUCAAGACUUGGUUCCGGGUGUUCAUGUAUGGUCUUGCCUCGGUUUGCGUGGCUCCAUUUGCUUUUCAGGGCCGCUUCAUCGAUCUGCCUAUUGCCUUUUUGCUGGGCUGUCUAGUUGGGCUUCUUCAGCUCGUCUUUGCUCCCAGCAACGAGCUCUACGCUCACGUCUUUGAAGUUUCUGCUGCUGUCAUUACAACCUUUAUCGCUCGCGGUUUCGGAUCAAUUCAAGGCGGGAAGCUGUUUUGCUUCAGCGCUUUGGCUCAGAGCAGCAUUGCCCUGAUCCUGCCUGGCUACAUGGUGCUCUGUGGAUCUCUGGAGCUUCAGAGCCAUAACAUCGUUGCCGGUAGCGUUCGCAUGGUGCACGCCGUCAUCUACACUCUCUUCCUUGGUUACGGUAUUACCAUUGGAGCUUCCCUGUACGGCAUGCUCGACAGUAACGCGGCCAGUGCGACGACUUGUGACAAUCCUCUCAGCUUCAACCGCGGAUGGAAUUUCCUCUUUGUUCCGGGCUUCACAUUAUGCCUGUGCAUCAUCAACCAGGCCCAGUGGAAGCAAACACCCGUCAUGACUAUCAUGUCUCUCGCUGGUUUCUGCGUCAACAGCUAUUCAAGCCAAUACUUUGAGAGCAACAGCCAAAUCUCCAACAUGCUCGGCGCGCUAACCAUUGGUAUCCUGGCCAAUCUGUACUCGCGACUCGGACGACACGUCCUUGCUGCCGCAGCCAUGCUCCCGGCAAUCUUUGUCCAGGUGCCUUCUGGUCUAGCUGCGAGCGGUUCCCUCAACUCUCAGAUCGACGGCACUGCCUUUACUGUGCUAUUGAGCGUCAUCCAAGUCGCAAUUGGCAUCAGCGUGGGCCUCUUUAUGAGUGCCUUGAUCGUCUACCCGCUAGGCAAGAGGAGAAGCGGGCUAUUCAGCUUCUAA